CGCCGCAUCAUGGCUUCAGAGGAGCUGGGGGCGAGCCUGUCAGAUUUGGCUCUGGGCUCGCGAGCUCCGACGGCCGGCCAGGUCGGUCCUUCGGGUGGCCCGUCGUCCGACGGGGGCACGCAGGUCACUUGCUUCACGGAGGACCUGCACGACGUCACGCUCCAUUUUCAGAUCAUAAGUUUCUCUAAACAGAUCUAUGCAUGGGUAGGAUGCAACUCUGCAAAGUUUGGCCAUUUAUAUGCUGCUGCAAGCACUCGCCCGGGUAACGGAGUGAGUGUCACAUCUGUACUUGGAGGAACAUCUGAUAAUACUGGUUUAAGCAUGGCCCGCCGCUUAGUGCUGAAGACAGGUCUAAAUAUAGUUCUAGCGUGUAACAUUCCGAAAGACAGCCCCAUGCUUGAGGCUGCUGCGGAGAGGAAACUUGUAGAGAAGCUGAGAACUUUAGGCUAUAUCAGAUCCAAACCAGGAGAGGCCAACACUUCCACAACAGCCUAAUUGAUACUCGUGAGCUGCCAUGUCACUGGUAGAGAAAGUUAGCAUGCUUUGUAACCGGUAUUGUGCUUUGUUUAGUUGAUUGGACAUGACACUGAUGUGUUUGAAACACUUUGAACGCCUAGUAUAUCCUCAAUGGGGUCUUUACUGUGUAGGCACAUGGUGCACGAUUUACAGCUGCUGCAUGUUCACAGAAUUAUCAAAGCAUGUCUGAUGCGAUACUUUGAAUGCAAACUAUGUCAGUGUCUGACCUGUGAAUCCUA